AUGCCAGUAUCGUCUUGUAUUCAGUCGUACUUUGUGUCCUCCCCAACUAAGAACAGUGAUGGUUUCACUGCCGACGAAGUGCAGUCAAUGAAGCCGGCAGGUGCGCUCGAUGUAUGGACCCCUACGGCCGACUAUGAAGAAGCUGACUUGGGUGCUCUCGAGCCUGGUCCGCGGAACCUGGUGCUGAUGGGGCGCGUGGUAAACUUCUACGACGUAGCCAAGCCCAGCAAGCGUCACAAAGCUGCGCAGGGCUAUAUCAAAAUCAUGCUCGCCGAUGAUUCGGGUGUACUCACUGUAAGACUUUGGUAUGCAAACACCGAGUACAACCUGCGCCUAGGUCAGCUUAUCACUAUCUGGACUGUUCACAUCUCAAACAGCUCGGAGCACAAUGCUCUUGCCCCUAAUACUGCGCCAUACUUCACCACAAUAUUCCCGGAAGGCGAGCGACACUGCCACUUUAUGGUGCACGAGCACAGCGAUAACGGCGCUCGGUUCAAGCGACCGUUCGGUCGCGAGGACUUUAGAACGCUACCUGGUCUCAUGACGCUGAGAAGUUUUACUGACGGCGGAUAUGACGUUGAUGAGCCUAAAUUGCUCGUCUGCGUGAAGAGUAUUGGAGCAAGGAAACGAUAUAUCAACCGCAACGGUACCACUUCUGAGCUGGUCACCCUGGGUAUCUUCGACGAUACAGCUGAUGCCACACUGACCCUUUACUCUGGUCUUUGCAAUACAGCAACUUCCUUGCAGCCAUCUCAAUCCGUUUUGCUGAUUUCAACCCCUGGCUGGCGUAUCGAGAGAAUAGCUAAACUAUCACUCAACGCUAACUCUCGCGUCGACAUCGACCCAGACACAGGCGACACUCGACGGUUGCGCGCACUGGCCCAACGACUCACAAAGAAAGAGCACGUCAAUCCACCCUUCCCUGCGAUCGAAGUAUCAUGCUUUGAGGGAAGUCCCGUGCGUGCGCUUUACAGCUUUGCUGACAUCGAUAAUGUUGCGUGGGCAAACCCGCUUGAGGAGGUACUAGGCUACGUUUCCUGCAUCAUCACUUCACUUAAUAUUGUUGUGCCCUACAAGCGCAACAUGCUACUGAGCGCAGAGUGUUGCGGUAUCGCAGUCUUUGCGAACGAAACAAGUACAACUUGCAAGCAGUGCGAGAAAUUAGUCAAACUGAGACUCAAUCCUAGGAUCCUUGGUCCGGUUCUUGAUGAAACUGGACAAGUAGGCAGCGGAAAGCUCAUCAUGUCCGAUCGUGCAUGGGAAGAGCUCCUUGGCCGGACGACAUCACAGCUUGUGCACACCGACAUCGAUGUGCUGCGAUAUCUCGAACAACGGCUUCUGUUCUUGAGAGUUACGAUGGGCUUCGCUUUGAAGCUUGAAGACGAGAUCGGGAGGCUUGCUGUCUGGUGCGUGAAGAAUUAG